GUUCGACUGACAAUGAGUCAUCGUGUAGAGAGGCCCUUUUUUUUAUUGCCACGUGCCAAGUGAACUUUAAUCUUUAUACUCUCCCUUUUGGCUUUGGAUCGACUUUGUGUAUAAAUUUUGUCUGGAAAUUUGAUAAGAAUUGUGUUUAAAGUAUUAGCAAUAAUUGUUUAUAUCAAUUGGAGUGGGUGUCGCGUUAUUUGUUUAUGUUUAAAUAAAUGUGAAACUAAUCGCAGGGUUGCCACACUUUUUGCGGCUGUCAAAACAAUUUGUCAUUUGUCUCAAAACGCAAGGCGUCAGUUUUGUUUGCAGUUUCAUUGAGACCGGUUUAAGCAAUUGUGGAACGAUCAUGAGUUCACGUUAUAAGAUCUACUGGCGUAUCUAUAUCUAUGCCAAUUCCUUGUAUUCCCUGCCAUCUGGGAGCAAGGGCGGCUAUCGCGAAUGGAAUCCUUUGGUGUACCGGCGCGGUUCUUUUGAAUUGCAUCGCAUCAUGGUUUGGGUAUAUCGUGAUCUCUCCGUGCUUUUGCGUAACUCCAAAAGGAAAAUGAAACAUGCCUAUGACACCAUUUUUGAUCUUUUGCCUUUGUGCAGCAUGAAGAAUGAAGAGUUUAGCAAAUGUCUGGCCGUUUAUUUAGAGGAUAAGACUUAUCAUUUUGUCCAUGAGCUUAUUAACUUUGCUCGAUCACCCUAUGAUGACCUCAUCUCCUACGAAUGUAAUGUUCAGUAUUGCACUCCAAUUAAGGUUGGCCCAACGAUGGCGGAUAUCGCAGGAAUCACUCAGGCCGAGGGCGAUCUGCAUAGUUUUGUAGAAUUUUCACGUCGAAUCAAUGAUGAUGAUUGCAGCGGCUUUGAGGCCGAUCUGGAGGAACUGGAUGAAGAAAACGAUGAAUGGCUUCAUCAACAAACGCGAAUUAUAGCAGCGGCGGCAGCAGCUGCAGCCGCAGCCGCAGUGGCAAGUCAUCAUGUGCCUCCAAUAACACCUCAAGUGAAUGUAAACCAAUCACCACCAUAUACGGACAAUCUUGAAUAUGAAAUGUUUAUCGAACAAGCGAGACUGCAACAUAUAUCGCGUACUGAAGAUGACAUGAAUGGUAUUUUUGUGCCAAAUUUAAGUCUUGGAGGAGCUGGUGUUGCUGCUGGACCUGGAGCUGGUGUUGCUGCUGGACCUGGAGUUGGAGCUGGACCUGCUCCUGUAGCAGAUGCCAUGUCAGCUCCGCCUAUUCCACCGCCAAGGCCCAUUACUGUACGUCGCCCUCAAUUGGGCAGACGAAUCAAUCGUCGUGAUCGUGAAGUUGGUAAUUUAAAUUGGCCAAUGGGCCAGCAUUCAUUUAGCCAUCCGCCUUUGUGAUUAUUAUUUCAUGUACAUGUAUAAAACAUUUCUACAACGAAUUUAAACUAACUUUUUAAUGCGCUCAACAAAAGAAUAAACAAAAAAAAAAAAUAUGUAUGCGAGUUGAGGGAGGAAACCAGAGAAGACAGCAGAUAAUAAAAGGUUCCAAGAGCAGGCAUCAAA